AUGGCAGUGGCACCAACAGACAUAGAGGUCACCAUGGGAGUGGCACAAACAGACAUAAAUGUCACUAUAGGAGUGGCACCAACAGACAUAGAGCUCAGCAUGAGAGUGGCACAAACAGACAUAAAUAUCACUAUGUCAGUGGCACCAACAGACAUAGAGGUCACCAUGGGAAUGGCACAAACAGACAUAAAUGUCACUAUAGGAGUGGCACCAACAGACAUAGAGGUCACUAUGAGAGUAGCACCAACAUACAUAGAGGUCACCAUGGAAGUGGCACAAACAAACAUAAAUGUCACCAUGGGAGUAGCACAAACAGACAUAGAUGUCACGUGA